UGCGGGAGUCGCGAACUCGAUGUGGCAUGCGAGUCACUGUAAAUCGCAUGAAUGGAGACCCAGUACAACUGGAACUGUCAAGGCCGUGCCUCGUGCGCCAGGCACGCGCCAAGCUCGCCAAGGUGUUCGCCUGCGAGGAAACGCGCGUGGCCUUGUUCGCUGGAAGCCAAGUGUUGGCCGAUCGGGAUCACGCCCACCCCGAGAUGAGCAUGGUACUCAUGGCUCCAAAAGCCGCGGAAGAAGAUCAGGAGGAAUCAGAAAGCUUCCAGGCAUUCCUCGAGGAGAUGAAAGCAAUCUUCGGCGAUAUCGAGGAGAUGGGCUUGGAAGACUUGACAUUGCUGCUCCACGCCGUUCAGACGGCCAUUGAAGAUCGUGAUGAGAACCGAGAUAAUGACGACUGGCAGGACCCUCUUGUCCUGGACUGA